AUGGCUGUCUCCACUGGGCUGCUUUCCCUUUCUGAGGCGGCUCAGGGCGAGAGGUUCGCCGCCUUUGUCCUCCGCUCGUUUGUCCGGCCGGUCUCUUCUUCAUCUCCGGUACAUGGUGCUUUCUCCCUUUUGGUGGCUUUCGGUAGAUGCCGCUUCCGCCUUGAGGAGUCAUUUGUUGCGCAGUCCCUCAGUGCUAUCCUCGGAGGACCUGUGGACUCCUUCAAUGUGUGCUUGGUGGAAGAGAGGAUUUUUCUCUUCUCUGUUUCUUGCAAAGAGACUGGCUUCGAAAUUUACAAGCUGAGGGCCUUCAAAUGUGUGGAGUUUGAGCUGUUCUUCCAGCUUUUCAACGAUUCUGGUCUCUCUUUUCUUGGUCCCAUAUUAGCUGUUCACUGGUUUUUCCUUGGGAAGAAGUUGGCAAGAAACCUUCAUAUGCUGAGCUGUUCAGAAGCCGCCCUCUCGGGUGCUAACAAAAUUCCAUUGCGUUCCCGGUCAUCCUCCAAGCAGAAGCAAGUCUCUAAAGUUCAUCGCAAGUCUGUGUUUGAUCGUAUCCAGUUCCCAAGGCGAUCGGUUUUUGAUCGGCUGAGCUGGGAUUCAGGCAAAUCUGUGAAGAAUUCGAGCUCUGUCAAGCCGGUUUUCAGUGUUCAUCAAAGUGCAGCUACUGAGAUGCUGAGUAACUCUAUUCUUCCUCCAGUUCAUCCCUCAACUCAACGGCAGGAUUCUCAUUCUGGUGGUUGGAAUUUAGAUUUGAAUUUGGGGCUGGCUCAUAAUGACUCUGGGAUUCCCACUGACUUGGCCCCUUCGGCUACUGUGCUAUGCUGGCGUUGUCAUUCCUCUUCCCACCCAAGGAGUGCACGCAGAGCCCCUAUUAAAUGUGACAAAUGCUUUGGGUGA